UGACAGCCGAAACACAUGGAUGCCAACUGCUGCUAAAGCUGUCAACUUGCCAUGUUUCUUUCUUUUCGCUAAAGUGCGUUCGCGAAGACGUGUUGCGACUUCGGAUUUAGUCUGCAAAUAAAGAACAAUCCCAAGAUGAGUACUGCAACGAUUCGUACCCGUCGCUACAUGAGCAACCGGCUGCUGUGCCGCAAGCAGAUGAUCUGUGACGUUCUGCACCCCGGACUCGCCUCCGUUCCCAAGAAGGAGAUCCGCGAGAAGCUGGCCGUCAUGUACAAAACCUCCCCCGAUGUGGUAUUCGUGUUCGGUUUCCGCACCAACUUCGGUGGCGGCAAAUCGACCGGUUUCGCACUGAUCUACGACACGCUGGACCAUGCCAAGAAGUUCGAACCGAAGCACCGUCUCGGCCGCCACGGACUGUACGAGAAGAAGAAGAUGACUCGCAAGCAGCGCAAGGAACGCAAGAACCGUAUGAAGAAGGUGCGCGGUACGAAGAAGUCCAAUGUUGGACAGGCGGCGAAGAAGUAAAACGGGCGUCGCGAGUGUCCGCGUGUUUUAAGUUUAUAUGUUUGCUUUCUCUUGUGCGGAUGAAAUUUGUGAAAAAGCAACAUUCCGCUCAAAAGGAAUGAGAAUAUAAAAGCAAAACAAUACCAUGUAAGGAGAAA